CUUAAUUGAUAAAUACACAGAAAAGUGGGGUUCUUUUGCAAGAAAGAGAAAUUUUGAUGGUUAAAAGUAGAAAAGUCUUGGAACUGGAAAAAGCGUUGAGAAAUCCGACGACCAUCAAUCGCAUUUGUUUUGUUGAAGAAUAUUUCUCCACUGAAAAGCUUAGCAGAGAAAUCGUUCGAAGUGAAAUCUCUGAAAUCUCUGGAAGUGAGCUCUCGAACAAAUUCUAGGAUUUUGGCCAACUUGUUGGAAACGGUAAUUGAAACUCUUCAGUCGAACAACUCGUCAUUGCAGGCGGAUUUGUGUGGUGGCGCCAUGUACAGUGGUUCCAGCGACGGCGAGGGUCACGAUGCGCAGAGAAAGAUCCCACCGCCGUCGUCCAUGCUAUGGGUGCGAAAUCUCCGAAGAUAUAUUGGAUCCGGCGCCGGACUCGGAUCCGAAGCUCUAAUGGAGCUUGAGACGAAGAGAAUUUUGCUUGAUAUAUUUAAGGAAAAGCAGCAAAGGAGCGCGGAAGCUGGGACAAUCCCUAGUUUUUAUAAGAAGAAACCGGAAGAAGGAUCAAUCAGUCACAGGGUGCAAAGACUGGCUAAGUAUCGGUUUCUAAAGAAGCAAUCGGAUCUCUUACUAAAUGCUGAUGAUUUGGAUGCCAUGUGGGUUUGCUUGAGAGAAAAUUGUGUGAUUGAUGAUGCUACUGGUGCAGAGAAGAUGAAUUAUGAAGAUUUUUGUCAUAUUGCUUCUGUAUGCACGGAGCAAAUAGGUCCCAAAUGUAGAAGGUUUUUCAGUCCAUCUAACUUUAUGAAAUUCGAGAAAGACGAAUCGGGAAGAAUUGCUAUUCUUCCCUUCUAUCUAUACGUGAUGCGCACGGUUUCACUCACACAAGCUAGAAUAGACAUGAGUGAGCUUGAUGAAGAUUCAGACGGCUUCCUUCAACCCCAUGAAAUGGAAGCUUAUAUCAGAGGUCUCAUACCUAAUUUAGCACAAUUGCGGGAUAUGCCUGGAGUCUUUGUUCAAAUGUACUGUCGCAUAGCUGCACAUAAAUUCUUCUUCUUUUGUGAUCCUCACAGGCGAGGGAAAGCUUGCAUUAAGAAAGUGCUACUCAGCAACUGCCUGCAGGAGCUAAUGGAAUUGCACCAGGAAACGGAAGAGGAAGUUACUGACACUGAGCAAGCUGAAAACUGGUUCUCUCUGACAUCUGCACAGCGCAUAUGUGAUAUGUUCCUGGACCUCGAUAAAGAUAGAAAUGGAACAUUGAGCAAGCAAGAGCUUCGAGAAUAUGCGGAUGGGACAUUGACAGAAAUCUUCAUUGAAAGAGUAUUUGAUGAACAUGUCCGCCGUGGCAAGAGUGGAGCAGGAAAUGCACGCGAGAUGGAUUUCGAAAGUUUCCUUGACUUUGUUCUGGCGCUGGAGAACAAAGACACUCCUGAAGGGUUGACCUAUAUGUUCCGCUGUCUUGAUCUUCAGGGAAGGGGAUUUCUUACAACGGCUGAUAUUCACUCCCUUUUCAGAGACGUGCACCACAAAUGGACAGAGGGCGGGAACUACGAGCUGUGUAUCGAGGAUGUGAGAGACGAGAUCUGGGACAUGGUAAAGCCAGCCGAUGAAUUGAGGAUCACCCUGACCGAUCUGCUCGCCUGUAAACAAGGUGGAACCGUGGCCAGCAUGCUCAUCGACGUACGAGGUUUCUGGGCUCACGAUAACAGGGAGAAUCUCCUUCAGGAAGAGGAAGAACCAGAAGAAGAAUAGCCCUUCCAAGUUCCACCCAUGCCGAAAAAGAAGAUAUUAGACGAAACACCACGCCAGGGACGCCAGUGUCACAACUAGAUUUCCUGUUCGUGUUCUAACCAAGAUCACACUUCCGUCCGGGCUCUUCUGAUCCAAUCUGUAAUCUUUUGUUCUGUAUUUGUAUAAUGUAAUCUAGCAUGUCAUUGAUGUGUAAAGAGUGGCAACAGUCACAAGUAUUGUUUUAAUAUUGAAAAUAAGUUGAAAGCUGUUUCCCCCCCUAAAUUGAAAAUAAGGACAAAUGGAAUUU